UCCCUUCUCCCGUCUUCCUACCUGGCUACCUCCGGUCUCCAGACCCGAAACGCUGACGCCAAAUCAAAUCAAACCUUGCUGCCUUCUGCAUCCGGUAGCAGCAAGUCGCCGCUUGUGCCCUUCCUCCUCACUUUCCCUCGCUGACGCCCGAUCCCCAUGAUUCGAUUACGCGACCCGCCUUGCAAACCCUAGCUUCUCCCGCUCUCUCCCUUUCCAAUGCGCCCCAAACCCUAGCUUCCCGCCCGCCCACCCGCCGGUCAUGCGCGCCUCCGCCUCCGCUGUCCCCAUGGAGGCCUCCGCCUCCGCCCGCAGAUCCGCCGCUAGCCCCGACCCCGGCGCGAAGAAGCCGCGCCUCGCGCAGCCGCCGGCACGGGACCCCAGAUCUUACGCCGCUGCCGCCGCCGCCUCCAAUGGCGGCGCAAGCGCCGCCGAGCAAGCGCUGGUUGACGAGCUGCUCGGCCAGUACCGGACCGCGCUUGGGGAGCUCACCUUCAAUUCCAAGCCCAUCAUCACCAACCUCACCAUCAUCGCUGGCGAGAACCUCCAGGCCGCUAAGCCCAUCGCCGCCGUAAUCUGCGCCAACAUCCUCGAGGUUCCAAGUGAACAGAAACUACCAUCGCUGUAUCUGCUUGACAGUAUUGUAAAAAAUAUUGGAAAAGAUUAUGUCAAACAUUUCUCAGCAAGAUUACCAGAGGUGUUCUGCAAGGCAUAUAAACAAGUUGAUCCUUCUAUACAUCAUAGCAUGAGGCAUCUUUUUGGAACAUGGAAAGGAGUGUUUCCUCUACCUCCUCUCCAAACGAUUGAGAAGGAACUUGGUUUUCAGUCAUCUACCAAUGGAUUAUCAGGUGCUGCACCAUCAAGGACUGAUUCUCAAUCGCCGCGUCCAUCCAAUAGCAUACAUGUAAAUCCAAAAUAUUUGGAAGCGAGGCAGCAGCUCAAUCAACCAACUAAGGGGAUACUUGGAAGUGGUGCUAAGACAGCUGUAAUUGCUGAUACAGACGAUGAUAUUGAGAGGGCUAAUAGGCUAGGUACUGAAAGAAGUGCAGGGAGACGAUUGGAUGCUCCUAAUGCUAGACCUAACAUAGAGCACAUUCAGAGGGACCCUUUUAGCAAUCCUAUUCAUGAAAAACUUGCAGGUAGAGAUGUGAGGGGCCUUGGAUUCUCCAACACUUCACAGCAGGCUGUUGUGGGAACUGGUCAAGUUCGCUCAAAACCCAGAGGCCAAGAUGGAAUUGGGGGACCCUAUUAUGCCUCUGGUGUUGUGUCUUCUGAAGAAAAAAUUGACAAGCGCAGCAACUUUUAUACAAGCAAGGAUGUUCGGCCAUCAGGAUCUGUACAUUUCGAUAGUGCUCUUCUUCCAACUCGAUCAAUUAAUGCUAAUAGAGUUGGUAGGCCUUCAUCAAACAAAAGCUGGAAGCACUCUGAGGAAGAAGAAUAUGUUUGGGAUGAUGUACCCUCUAAAACAACAGAAUAUAGUGGUACCCAUAAUAUAAUAAAAGGAGAAUGGAUGUCUGAUGAUGGCAAUGCUAAGUUUGCAAGCCUCCAAAGUGCUAAAUGGGCAGAUGCAGGACCUGUGGAAUGUAUAGAUCCCAAGACACAUAAAGUUGAUAAUGUGUCAAGAUUUGGAUUUGCAGCAGGUCAAGAAAGAAGAAUUUCAGCAUACAUGGAUCAGGAAGAGUACCUUCUUGGCAAGCGUGAGGUGGAAGCUAGAAUUGAUAGGGAAAUUAGGCCCUAUGGACAACAGUUCCCAGCAGCUCGAGAUUCCUCUCUCUGGGUGUCCCAGGAAAAAGCACUCCCCGACAAUGGGUUGGACCCUUGGGUAUCAAAGUUUUCAAAUCAGCCAGCAGAGAUGUCCAUUUGUACUGGCACCAUGCCAGCAAGUAUCAUAUCAUCUGUACCUGUUAGGUUAUCAGGACACUAUGCUGGAAGGUCAAACCUAGAUACUACAAAUAGUGUGCCAAUAAGAUCAACUGAGGCUUUUGGGCAGCAGAAGCAUAGAUAUUGGUCAUCUUCCCCUCCACAAGCUCACCCACCUUCAUCUACUGCACCCUUUGCACGUCAGGGUUCUCCAAAUCAUGACGAGUCUGAUUUUUAUCCUUCUGGAUCAUUUUCUCAAUUGGGCCAAGAUCCUCAAGAAGAAUAUAGCCAGAGAGCAUUGCCUGUACUUGCUAAAGGUUCUCAUGUUGUGGUUCACAAUGAUGAACUUACUCAGGGCCAACCUAGUCUACAGGCAACCCUGCAGACACAAAAGUACCCUAUCAUACAGUCCAAGUCACAUAUUAAUCCAUCUGAUCAAUUGCAAGCAAGCUUUUUGUGUGAAAAUUCUCCAUCACUGUUCAGACCUUCCAUUCAGCUUGGAGAAGUAUCUUUACCCAGUGAUUCCACCCCUAUAAGCUCAGAUCUGACAAGUGCUAGUAAUUUGUUGGCUGGUCUCAUAAAGAGUGGGUUCAAACCAAGUAACCACAGUGAUGCACAGCCUCUUGGUCCGAGUGGCUCACUUCUAGUGGCUUCUUUAUCACUUCAAAAUGCUGCUGGUGAAAAUACCAUUUUGCAGACACAGACACCAAACACUUCUCGUCCACCAUUGCCACCAGGUCUACCACCACCUCCAUCAACACAGAGUGCAGAGAAAGCUGCGCCGCUCUCGAGUCUUCUCAGUUCCCUGGUUGCAAAGGGAUUAAUCUCUUCUCCUGCCUCUGAUUCAUCUGAUGCUGUCAUUUCACAGCCAAAUAAAGAAUCAAGCAUAAAUGGUAAAGAUGUCGCAGCUUCAGGUGUGCCUUUGCCAGCUCUGAAGUCUUCAUUUGGUAAGGUGUCAUCAUCUAAUUCUGAUUCAUCUGCCCCACCAAACGCUUCGUUACCCAAAGCUAUCGAAAUUGAGAUGGGUGACCUCAUUGGCCUGGAGUUCAAGCCAGAGAAACUUCGCAAGUACCAUGAGCAUGUAAUUAGCUACCUCGAUGACCAAAGCCAUCAGUGUAAAAUGUGUGGUAAUAGGUUCGGGCUUGAAGAACUGAGUUUGCACACAUCAAGCUGUGGGCCAAGGGAGUCAAGGACUAUCUAUACUGGUAUCGCACCUAAGAGAUGGUAUCCUAGCAGGAACAUUUACAUUGAUGGAUCACAUGAAAUUGAGGAUAGCGCUGAGGCUUCUGAUGCAGGUUUAGGUUCUGCAGAAGUGUGUGAGUUUAUGGUCCAUGCAGACGAGAGGCAAAUUAUCUGUGCACUGUGUGGGGAACCAUUUGAUGACGUAUAUUCUUUUGAGAAGGGGAACUGGAUGUACAAGGAUGCAGUAUUCUUGGAUUAUGCCAAGGGUAAAAAUAGCUGCGGAAACAAUGUUAAGGGUGAAGAGCAUGUGCCUAUAGUCCAUGUAAGAUGUAUGCCAAGAGGCUCAAACGAUGGCAUGGACGUUGACUAGAAUGGUUGUUCACAGAAGCCAAGUUCUCGAGGGGCCUAGAGGUGGAUGAGGCUGAAGCUGGUGUUUGCACGAGGCAAUGUGCAUCAUCAGGUGGUCUGCGGCAACUGGGCUUAAGACAUACAUGUAAGAUGCUUGGUGGAGGUGGCAGGCGUUAUCAGAAACAAAUCUUGCGAAGAUCUGCAACCAUCCAUGGAUUUAACCAUGCCCUUUACAAAGUGCUUACACAAAGAAUAAAGCCCCAGAGGAGCACUUCGGCCAUGCGGUUCAGAAUUAUCAAAAUCUUCAUAUUUUUGGUCUCCAUCUGAGAAGGGGCUGGGUCUUUAUGUUGAUACAAAGAGAGCUUUGCAAGAGGAUGUCAAAAGAAUGUAUGAUUUCUUUACGUGGAAAAGGGGUAUGAUAUCCCGCAUGUAAGUUGAGCACUGCUGUUUUCUGACGAUACGUUUCUUGACUGUUAGGAAUUUUUGCACUACGAAACUGAUAAUACAACAUGAUAGAGGCAGGACUAAGGGGAAUGUUUGGUUUA